AUGCAGACAGUGGACACGACAAUCCUCAGGACGCGAGCCCCCACCAACGAGGAACGGGACCUUUGCCCCUUCUUGGACGAAGAGGUUGCAGCUAAGCUCCGAAGGUGCGAGUGUACAGCUCCGGGAGAGGACCGCCUCACUUACCACCACUGGAGGCAGGUGGACCCAGAAGGGCGGUACCUUGCGGCGGUAUUCAACGUCUGCCUCAAACACCGUCGCACACCCUGGAGCUGGAAGUCGACGAGGACAAUCCUCAUACACAAGAAGGGCGACCGCGAGGACCCCAGAAACUGGCGACCCAUUGCCCUUGGUCGAACGAUCGCCAAACUGUAUGCCGGGUGUCUCACCACCCGGCUGCAGCGGUGGUUGGGCGACCAUGCGGUACUUUCCAGGUGUCGGAAGGGCUUCCUGCCGCACGAUGGGGUGUUCGAACACAACUUCGUGCUACAGGGACGCCUAGACGACGCCAGGACGGGAGGUGGGGAGCUGUGCGCGGGGUUCCUCGACUACGCCAACGCCUUCGGCUCGGUCGCCCAUGAGGCCCUCGUCGACGCUGUUCAUGGCGCCGGCGCGGGGGAGCCCUUCGCGGAGAUCGUGGAGGAACUCUACCGCGCCAACACCACCUGCGUCGUGGCAGCUGACGGCACCACGGAGCCUAUCGCCAUCGGAGCGGGCCUACGCCAAGGCUGUCCCCUGAGCGGCCUGCUGUUCAACCUGGUGGUGGACCCCAUCAUCAGAGCCGUGCAGGGAAGCGAUAGGCAACACAACAUCCUUGCCUACGCCGAUGAUCUGACGCUGCUCGCUGGGGAUCCCGCCACCUUGCAGCGCCGCCUCAACGUGGUGACGGCCCUUUCGGACCCGCUCGGGCUGCGACUGAAGCCUGCCAAGUGCCGCACCCUCCACCUGUCCGGACGCUACCCGGUGGGCACACGGCCCACCAUUUUCACCGUGGGGAGCGUCCCGGUCCCGGCAUUGGCGGACUUCGAGGGGCACCGGUUCCUGGGGUGUCCUGUGGGGUUUCGGGUGCUACCGGACCAGACGACGGUCGACGAGGCCAUCCAUCUCGGCAGACGGCUGCUCUCCUCCAUGCUCACCCCAUGGCAGAGGCUGGAUUCUAUUAAAACAUUUUUAUAUCCAGCCCUCAACUUCGCCAUACGGGUGGGCCUUGCCAGCAAAGGAGAGUGGCAUCGCUUGGACGAGGAGCUUCGCCCGCUGAUCAAGAAGACCCUGUACGUGCCGGCCAGAGCGUCAAAUGAGUAUGUGUACGAGAGCGCACAUGCCAGCACUGCAGGGAUCCCUCUUGCGGCAGAGCUCAGCGACAUCUGCCGAGUGGACGGGGCCUUCAAGCUCCUGUCGUCGACUGAUCUUGAGGUCCGGGAGCGAGCGAGGGACGAGCUCAACCGGGUGGUGUCGAGGCGGCUGAGGCGACUGGCGGACACGGACGACACCGAGGCCCACCUCUCAGGCGAAACGGAGGGCGACUUCCGGCAGACUGCGACCCAGCUGCAGUCUGUCUGGACGGAGGCACGCAAAGCCUCCCGUCGCCUGUCCGUCGCCUGGGAGCUUCUGGACCAGGGUGCCCGCAUUACCUGCGGAGAGGCCACGGUGUCAGCGCGGAACCGCAACAAGCUGAUCAAGAUCCUUCGGGCCAUCCUCAACCAGGACCGGGACCGUUCUCUCCAGGAGAAGCCGUCCCAGGGCAAGGUGAUGGCGUGUGUAGCGGCGGACCCCGCCAGUUUCCACUUCAUGAGGUCCGGCCGCUACACUCGCUUCAAGGAGUGGCGCUUCAUUCACCGAGCCCGGCUGAAUCUCCUCCCCCUGAACGGCACAAGAGCGUGGGUGCCCGCAGCUGACAAGAGGUGCCGACGCUGCGGGUACGGGGAGGAGACCCUGCCGCACGUUCUCUGCCACUGCAUGUGGCAGAGCCGGGCCAUGACGGAGCGCCACAACGCCAUCGUUGCGCGCCUCAAGAAGGCGGCCCUAGAGUGGUUCACCGUCAUCGGGGAGAACCAGCAGGUCAGCGUCCCCGGCUUGCGACCCGACCUCGUCCUGGCCCGUGGUGAGGAAGCCCUGAUCCUGGACGUCUGCUGUCCCUUCGACAACCGCAUGCAGGCGUUCCAGGAGGCUCGGAGGGUCAAGGAGGAGAAGUACGCCCCUCUACCGCGUCAUCUCCUCCAACGGUUCCAGCGCGUCUCCGUCGACGCCAUUGUCGUAGGCUGCCUCGGCUCGUGGGAUCCGGCCAACGAUCGUGUCUGCCGCAGGUUCUGCUCCAAGAGCUACCUGUGGACCAUGAAGAGACUUUGCGUGUCAGACACGAUCGCCGCCUCUACGAACAUUUACCGUGGCCAUAUAGGCUGCACCAUCUUCGGAUCUGGCAUGCAGACGUCUAAGAAGUUCCAACGGAGGCCUCGUGUGGCUGCUGAAAACGAGAUUAAUGACAGGUCCCUUACAGGAGAAGUUGGAGCCUCUAAGCAGCAGCGAGAGCACGGACACGACAGCGUCCACUCUAUAUCUGACGCAGCCACGAGGACGUCCACGGAACCGGCAGCCAUGAACGAGAUCACACCGCCGCAGCCGCCGCCGAGGUAUCAUCCUCAGCUAAGCCGCGACUUGUGCUCUCUUCGGCAACUGUGA